AUGGCAGCCAAGGCACUAGCGGCCACAAAUAAAAAGCCUUUCAUGGGUCGUCCAAUAUUUGUAGCAUGGGCUGUUCCAAAACAUAAGUAUGUGAAUCAAGAGCAAGUGAAAAAAGAAAUCUUGUUACCUGAAGAGGAAGAUAAAAAUAAAAUAAGAAUAAAUCGUAAUGCUCGUCUGAUAGUUCGUAAUGUUUCAUUCAAGGCUACAGAAGAGUUACUCAAGGAACAUUUUGAACCCUAUGGUAUAAUUCAAGAGGUCAAAUUGUUAAAGAAACCAGAUGGAAAACUGGUUGGAUGUGCUUUUGUACAUUUCAAAAAUGUACCCAUGGCAAAAAAGGCGCUGUUAAACACAAACAUGAAGCCAUUUCUGGGCAGGCCAAUAUCAGUGGAUUGGGCUGUUGCUAAAGAUAAAUAUAUGCAACAUGUGGUCUCUCAGCAAAUUGAGAUGGAAGAAAAGGUAAAGAAGGAAGAAUCAGACAGCGAUUAUGAAGACAACAAGCCGUUGAAUAUUUCUAAUGAGGAGCUAAAGCAAGAAGUUAAAAGUGAAUCUGAGGAUAGUUCUAAUGCUGAUAGCAGUAAUGAUGAAGAAGAUAGCUCUGACAAUGACAAUGAUGAUGAUGUUGAGGCGGAAGAGGAAGAUGAUGAAGAGGACUCUGAUGAUGAGCAAGAAGAUGCCAACAUGGAGGACAGUAGACACAUUGCCAGUACUCAAACUGAGAAGAUACGUGUAAAGCUCAAUGAUGCCGAAGAUGGUCUGACCGUAUUCUUGACUAAUGUUCCAUUCAGUGUUGACAAUGAUCAACUUAAGGAGUUUGCUGAGAAGACUGGUCCGGUGCAAUACGCACUCAUUUGUUUGGAUAAGUUGACUGAGCAUUCUAAGGGUUCAGGAUUUGUUAAGUUUGUGAACCAAGAAGACACUUCUAAAUUCCUAUCUUUACCACCUGACCAAUUACGUCUCGAGGGCCAGGUGAUGGUGGCGAAGCCGGCUUUGAAACGGGAAAACCUGCAGAAGGGCGAUAAGAAGCAGCCAAAGGAUAACAGGAACCUUUACCUUGUUAAAGAAGGAGUGAUCGUGGCCGGCACGAAGGCGGCGGAGGGCGUCUCCGCGUCGGACAUGGCGAAGCGGCUGACGCUGGAGCGCAGCAAGACCCAGAUGCUGAAGAAUCUGAACAGGUUCGUGUCCCGCUACCGGCUGGUGGUGGCGAACCUGCCCGCGCAGUGGGACGACCAGCGUUUGCGGCGCGAGUGCGUCCGCGCCGCGGGCCGAACUGCGUGCGUUACGGAAGCGCGCAUCAUGCGCGACCUACGCGCUCCGCCCGACCGCCAGGGGAGGCACCCGUCCAAGGGCUAUGGUUUCGUGAUGUUCACACGCCACGAGGACGCCCUAUCCUGUCUCAGGAAGCUAAACAAUAACCCAGACAUCGUGGACAGGAAUAAUAGGCCAAUAGUCUCCUUCUCCAUCGAAGACCGGACAGCGCUGAACGCGCGCAAGAAGAGACUGGAGAAGUCAAUCGCGAACAAUCCGCUCGCUAAGAGUGGGGAGCAAUCCGACCAGAAAGAGGAAAAUAGGAACGGCAAGGGCAGGAAGAGGAAGCAGAAGACUGCCCCGGACGAGAGCUACGCGAAGAGGAGAAGGUUCGACAAGUCACGGGAGCAGAGCGCCGUCGGCAAGUUCGUCAGGAGGCCAAUCGACGAGACCGAGUAUUCGGGGCUGACUGCCAAGGAGGGGGGGCAGAGCAAGAUGAGGAACAACCACAAGCUGCACGCCCAAGCGCAGAUCCACAGGGAGAACGUGAAGAGGGAGAAGAAGAGCGGCAAGCGCGCGUCGCGAUUGAAGAUGGCCGCCCGCGAGAGGAUAAAGCAGCCCAAACAGAAGGUCAACAGGGACAAGGGCGCCGGCAAGAGGAAGAAGUACAAGAACAGGAGUUUGCGC